UUAUGCAAGUUAAUUUAAAUCCAAUAUGCUGUCACUUAUUGUGCCACGAUGACAUGGCCAAACUGAAGGGCAUUAGACAUAAAAGGGAGCGCCCAAGUAAGUAAUCAGGACUAGAGCGCGCGCCACGCUCAACCACAAUGGCAUGCGGCCACAGGAAGGGCCGUGACUGGACGGCCUAGGCAAUGGACACAGAGUUCAAGUGGCCGAGUCAAGACAAUUCGAAAAAUGCUUUUAAAAGGAAUUUCGCUUAUGGCCAACUGAUUGUGCCACGACGGGGUGGUACAAGGCAGAAGGCACGAGGCAGCUGCCAGAGGCAUGAACUUAGCUGGCAAAUGGAAAGAGAAACUGUAUGAGCAAAAGAGCGACAGAGAGCGAGAGGGAGAGAGAGAGCGACGAAGAGUGAGUAAGAGUUGAAGCUGAAAAAUUGAAUUGUUUUAGAGAUUUUUGUUCUCAUUUUCGCUGCGCCAAACAAAUAAAUCAAAUUGGAUUUUCGCUUGUGCACUUAAUUUUCGUCGAGGAAAUUGCACAAAAACUUCAUCAAAAGCAGCUGAAAACAAUCAAAGUAGGCCGCUUUCUUCUCCUCUUCUACGAUAUUUCGAACAGAGUACAAAUUAUAUUGUGCUUAGGAAUUUCGUCAAGCCAAUUCGAUAUCGAUUUCAAUGUCUAUUCCAAAUUUAAUGCAGGGCCGGCAAUGGCGUCAGGAACUGAAUGCCGUUCACUAUGCCAUGCUCCGUGUGACGACUUGCUGUUACUUUUUCAGCCUGAAAUUGGGCUGCAAGCUAAUUGUGGUAUUCGAAAAUAUUCUGGGUCUAUGGCAGAUGUACCAGGGCUGCAGCGAACUAUAUGGCAGGGAUGACAAAUCGCCACCCCGAUGGACGCAUAGCAAACGGAUCGAACAGAAUGCCGAGCUCAAUAUAUUGUUUGGCCUCAUUGCGUUCUUCUGUUCCCAUCUGCUAUUGAUCGGCGUUGUCUUUAUAUAUUCCUAUAGCAACGCAAGAUAUGUGUCUUGAUUUGGAUUUCUGUGAUGGCAGUGUGCAUUGUGGCGUUCCUGGUCUA